UUUUUCAAAAUCCCAAUCAAUCUUCCCCGACAAUCCAUUCCAUUUCCCAGUCAAAUUCCGCCCACCUCCAGCGCCGCGCCACAAACAACAUCCCUCUUCGAAUCGGUUCAGUCUCCAUCCAACCGAAGAUCCCGACGAAGUGCGGUGAAAAGAAUGGCUGCCGAUCCGAUUCACCUGGAGAGGAUGGGCAGAGAGCUCAAGUGUCCUAUCUGCUUGAGCCUGCUGAACUCCUCGGUUUCACUCGCCUGCAAUCAUAUCUUCUGCAAUUUGUGCAUAAUGACUACGAUGAAAUCGGGCUCUGGCUGUCCUGUCUGUAAGGUUCCAUUUCGCCGACGAGAGGUUCGCCCUGCUCCGCAUAUGGAUAACUUGGUGAGUAUAUACAAGAACAUGGAAGUCGCUUCGGGAGCCAAUAUGUUCGUCACUCAGACUGCGCACCGUGCUAAGUUAUCAGAGGGUGGAAAGAAGCCUGAGGGAGUAUCUGCUGAGGGUACAGAGAUAAACAAAAGAUCCUCAAGAGGAAAACGGCCAAGGAAGACCAACAAUUCCAACGUCGAGAAUUCCUCUCCUCUUCGGGUCAAACCUUCAUGUCCAACCAAGAAGAGGGUUCAGGUGCCACGACAUCCUCCAAAGGAGACGCCAACACGUGCGGCAAAUCCUGACAAUGAUUUAGGAGAGAUCAACAGCGACAGGCGUAAGAACAUUCCAGCUGAAUCUGCAAAGAAGCCUCCGCUUAAUGAAAAUGGUGAACCAGUCCUUAUGCCCUUUUUCUGGCUGAGAGAAGAAGAUGCAGAGAAGUCCACUCAGCUUUCAGAUGGAGAUCAAUCCACCGGCACCCCACUCAACCUUCCAACUUUCAGUGAUAUUAAGGAUUCAGAUGAUGAGAUGCCUUCUCCCUUAAAUAAGGAAGUUGAUGGGGUUCCUCCAGCAACAGAAUUUUUUGACAGCGAGAUGUUUGAAUGGACGCAGAGGCCUUGUUCUCCUGAAUUGUGUUCAAGUCCCUUAAGACUUCAGGGUUCGGACAACAAUGAGAAGGAUUUAGAAUUAGCCCGAAAGAAUUCAAUUUCAAAUGAAGAUGUCAAUAAGCCCAAGAAGAGAAGCCGACCGGCGCGGACAAAAGCUCAGCAAAACUCUCUUAAGAGUGAUACUACUCAAAAUAAAGCAGCUGAAGGUUGUCAGCAAGCGAGAACAUACACUGCAAGAAAAAUGUCUAGCAGGAGGAAGACACAGCUCUCUUCAGCCGUCUUAACUGAGACAACAUAUGAAAAUCUUUCUGCUGAUAUUUCAGAUGGAUGUGCUAGAAGGUAUAUUGCCGAUUCGUUUGAUGCUUCAGAUUCUGCUGAGAAUACCAACUCAAAGAAAAUAUGUGAGGUAAAUACUCCAGUUGAGAAAGAUUCCUGUACCCUAUUAAAGAAAAGAAAGGUUGCUUCUACUUUGGCGAAGAGUGAACGCAACAAUGCUAGAAGAAAGAAAUCAGAAGCUGGUCCAAAUUGCAAUCAAGAAUCGAAUUCUAAAAAGAACACGACAUGCUCCUCUCAUGUUGUCUCGGAUGCGGAGUUGGUUUUGCGGAAAUGUGAUACCAUUACUCGGGAAACUCGAUGUGCUUUCUGUCAUUCUUCAGAGUGCUCAGAGGCAUCAGGAGAGAUGGUCCACUAUCGUGAUGGUAGACCCGUCUCAGUGGAUGACAGUGAUGGAUUCAGGGUCAUACAUUCACAUAAGAACUGUGUUGAAUGGGCACCAAAUAUUUAUUUUGAAGAUGAGAAGGCCAUUAAUCUCGAAGCAGAGUUGGCCAGAAGCAGGAGGAUUAAGUGCAGUUGCUGUGGUAUCAAAGGGGCAGCCCUCGGGUGCUUUGAGAAGAGCUGUCGCAAGAGCUUUCAUGUCACUUGCGCAAAGCUGAUUCCCCAAUGUCGAUGGGACGAUGUAAACUUUGUGAUGUUAUGCCCUCUUCAUGUUUCCUCUAAAUUACCUAUUGAAGCUGCUUGUGAGGAAACGAGGAAGAGUUCUAUCCCGAAAGAGAGGCCACAAAAAUCCCAUGAUCAAGUCCUCAGGAGGAAUGAUGCUAGGAGCUUCAAGUGGAAUCAUAAUGGACCACGUGACAGAAUGGUGCUUUGCUGUUCAACUCUAACAGCUGCUGAGAGGGAAAUGGUUUCUAAGUUUGAGAGAUCAUCUAGAGUAACAGUGCGGAAAAAAUGGGAUUCAAAGGUCACGCAUGUUAUUGCAUCGACAGACGAAAAUGGAGCUUGCAGAAGAACCCUCAAAGUUCUGAUGGGAAUCUUAGAGGGAAAGUGGAUAUUAUCUGUUGAUUGGAUUAAAGCUUGUAUAGAAGCAAUGGGCCAUGUUGAUGAGCAGAAAUAUGAGAUCACAGUUGAUGUUCAUGGCAUGAGAGAUGGUCCUCGACUAGGAAGAUUACGUGUUCUCAACAUGCAACCGAAGCUUUUCGAGGGGCUGAAGUUCUACUUCACAGGGGAAUUUGAACCUUCCUACAGAGGUUACCUCCAGGAUCUAGUGGUUGCUGGUGGAGGAAAUUUAUUGCAUAGAAAGCCCGUUUCCAGAGAUGAUGAAAAACCUAAGUCAUCAAUCUUCAUUGUCUACAACCUCGAGACCUCCGACAAGCUCGAUGUGAACAAGGAUACGGUUGCAAGGCAAAGAAAAUCAGAUGCCGAGGCACUUGCAGCUCAGACGGUGGCCAAAGUAGUAAGCAAUUCAUGGAUCCUGAACUCUAUAGCUGCCUGCAAAUUGCAAGAUUUUCAUUGUUAAAUAUCGGAUCAGUUCGAUAUUUACUUGCAGAUGGAUAAGUCCAGUUGUUUUGGCUUUCCAUAUGAUGUGAAGUGGAUGGACAAGGUUUGUGACAGUAUCAUUUGCUCUGUCCGGACUAGCUGUUUGUGUAACGAUCAUAGAAUUUUUUCUUUCCACAUAGAAUAGCUUGAAUAGAAACAAUGUGUCAAGAUGGAAGAGCCCGAGCAUAGCAUUGUACAGGAUGCAGCUCCUGAUUGAUAAGUUUCAACGGUCUAUCUCCUUAUGGAUUUAUAUCUUAAUGGCUUAUUAUGUUACUGUAAGUUAAGAGAAAUGGUUUGCCAUGUUUACGCUA